AAUGUUUCCUUACAUAAGAGUGACCAUAUCUGGACUGGACCCCUCAGCUUAUUACUGCGUAAUGCUGCAAUUUCAUUUGGCGUCGAACCAUCGCUUUAAAUACUACUCCAGCACAGGCUGGACACUCGCCGGUUCCGAAGAAAAAAAUCACAGUCAACGAGUUUACAUUCAUCCAGAGUCACCCGCAACAGGCGCGCAUUGGAUGUCUCAAACCGUGUCUUUUGCAAAAGCCAAACUAUCCAACACUAUGUCACCUCCACUAGGGUUGGUGGUCUUAUCAUCAAUGCACCAGUAUCAACCUACAAUUACAAUUGUGAAAACGGUCGAUCCCCGUUCUCUGCCUUGGAUGUCGCCAACGACGUCGGUCGCAUUUCCUGAAACGCAGUUCAUAGCAGUCACGGCAUAUCAGAACGAACAAAUAACAAAACUGAAAAUCGAAUACAAUCCGUUCGCGAAAGGUUUUCGAGAAAAUGAAGAGGGAAAAUCGAAGCGGAAACGGGCCGUCAAAGAAGAGGAUUACGAUAUAAAACGGGAAAUUAUCGAUUCGAGUUCGAACUCUUCGUCACCUUCGCUUGAUAUGGCCGCGGAAAGUAGGAUCAUCGAAUCAAGACUUUCCCAAUUUCCAUUGAACCCCUUCCACAUGUACUACAAUCAUUAUUCAUUUGCUCCUUACAACUACAUGUACCCGCCAUUUUACCUCCCCCAACAGUUCGAUUUACACACCGGCAACUAUUACGAAUCACCUCUAGUUCCCCAAGUGUUACCAAAAACUGUCAGUUCACCUGCAAGUGAAGUACCCAAAAAGUUAACGGACUUCAGUAUUCGUGCAAUAACAGGACUGUAAUUUAGUUAGUUAGAAUGUGAUAUUUUUACUUUUUGUACAUAAUGUACAUAUUAAUUUGUUAAUUUUUUGUAAAUAUUUUGUACCUCAUAAUUGUUGUUUUCGGUAGUGU